AUGUCCGCCCAAGAGAUCAACCAAGCCACCUUCCUAGAGGGUUACAACGCUGGCUACCGAGCAGGCUUUCCAACCGGUUUCCUGCUGUCGUCAAUGCAAGCCGCUAUCAAUACCAAUGCCGCACCGGUUCCCAGCCUGCUGUUGAGCGCAGCACCGCCGACAAUUGUGCCGACCGCAGCGCCGAUGCCGCUGAGCGCAGCGCCGAGACAGUCGGGGUGGUCAAGGCAGAGGCAGAGGAGAAGGCGGAGGAAGGCUCGGGAGAGCGCUGCAGACAUGUCCGUCCGGCCUACACCCAAGCGCCAGACCGGGGAGAGCGGUAGAGGCAUGCCCGUCCCUGCACCCAAGCGUCAGAUCGAGGAGAGCGAUAGAGACGUGCCCGUGCCUGUACCCAAGCGUCGUUGUCUUACAGGGCCCGCUGCCACUGUCGUCCCUACUGCGCCUGUAGCCUCUGCUGGCUCUUUGGUCCCUGCCGCACCUGUCGUCCAGGCUGCACCUGUCGUCCGGGCUGCUCCUGCCGUCCGUGGCCCCUCUAUACCUACCACCAACUAUAGGCCCGUAGAAAUAGAGGCUAUCGAUGGUAUCGAGAGAUGGGAUAAGUAG